AUGGCGUUUCGACAGAUGCUGCGGGGCGUCUGUGACGGCGAUGUGUUGCUGGAUGAUGAUUUGAACCUUGCGAAGACCUGCGGCGACGUCAGUGCUCUGAAGCGGAUUCUGGGAACGCACGGCGACCUCAAAGGGAGAAAGUUCCAGGAUUUCCUGGUGCAGCAGGAGGAGGCCAUUCUGACGUUUGAGACGUUCGUGGCCAACGCUGUUGCUACUGGCGAAGCGUCCGGCCCUCCCCCAAAGUGCUUGCGCGUGCUUCUUCAGACAGAGGGCCCCCGCGAGAUUCCCGUGGACGUGUUCCAUGUGGCCCUGCCUGACCUGUAUGGCACCAAUGCUACCUAUCACCUCUUGGCCAUCAGUGAGGAUGCCGAGUCCCACCUUGCGCGUUCCCAGUCGCAGGGCGCUCCCCGCGCGAACAGCGAUUCCGUGGAGUUUUACAAUGAGCUUUCCGAGCUCACCCUCCUGUUGAACGCCAGCACCACUGACAUCGACAUCGAAGAGGCCACAGUGCACUUCGCCCGGAAGAAGGCAGCCAAGCACGACACGGGAUGGGGCAUGCCAACGCUCCGAAAGCUAAUCCGCCCACUGGACUGGCAAGCCCUGGAGGCCCAGAUUCGGAUUGUCGCCCGCGAUGCCAAACUGCAUCGUGGGAGGAAGGGCAAAAGCCUGCCGGAGCUCAUGUUGCGCUUACCUGGUGCUGCCGAGCCGAAGACCUACCUUCGAGCAAGGAGCGCAUCAGUUGAGCGUGUCUAUUCGGGUAUGCUUGCACCGGGCGAGCCCACCUAUUUGUACUUGCAGCUCGGCAAGUUCAAUCAGGGCCGCCGGGGGCUUGGCACAGACAAGCGGAGACUGGAAGGAGUGGAGGAAGACUGCGCCAACGAGACCAAGGAUGUUUGA